AUGGCUCCCUCCGCCAAGAACCUCGCAGGCACCUCUCGCCCCCAUGCCCACGCCAAAGCCCGCAAGGCCAAAACCCAGCAGGCGCGCGUUGCUCUCGCCAAUGCGAACCGCGUCGCAAAGCGCGAUGUAAGGCGCGGCGCCCGCCCUGGACUACUUCCCAACAGCGGACCGCAGGCAGCACUGAGCCGCAAGAAGGCGCGCAAGGUCGAGAAGGCACUGGCACACGCUGCGAAGAGGCGGGAGGAACAAGAGGCAGUUGAGGGCUCGGACGAGGACGAAGAGGCGGACGAGGAAUACGUUAACGCGGAGGAUGAGGAGGAAGAAGCUGAGGUUGAGAUGAAAGAUGCUGUCGAGCCCAAGGCGUCCAAGAAAUCGAAGAAGUCGAAGAAGGGGAAGAAGGCUGUUGCAACAACAACGGAUAUGGAGGUCGAUGAUAUCGCUUGAACAGCUCUUCGUGAAACGGGAGCGCUUGUAGAGAGGGAAGCGAGCCCGAGAUUGUACUCAUCAAGCCUGGGGCUCGCUUUGAUCAUAAUGAUUGACGAAAUUGGAAUGCGGUUCAUCGAUUCGUGCUGCGGCAUCUUAAGAUACUUGUGCGAGACUGUUAUGGUGGAGGUCAGCAUGAUUGAGCGCUCGAUUGCCUUCAGGAGUGCAACCACAAAGCGUGCGGAAAUGUCGAACCGGACAGACAAAGAUCGCGGCAACGCCGGCUCAUCUGUAAUCGACGGCAACGCCAUGUACCAUUCAUUGCGAUGGAGUGCUGCUAUGAUCUACAAAAUUCGAGCAUCAAUGCCUAGUCGCACCAGAUUUAGCCACA